UAUGGCAAGAAAUUCAUUCUGGAAAUCCAGAUGGCACUCCUCUGAAUGAAAGUUUCUGGCAUGAAAACACAGCCAUAUCUGGAUUGUUUCCUGAGGGUAAUACAGAAAUUUCAGAAGAUAUAUGCAAGGAAUAUGAAGUAAUGUAUUCUCUAGCUUGGGAGUCCACAAGGAAUACUUCAGACAUGGAGGAGAAAGCUGCUGGAAUGAUUUCAGGACCUGAAGAUCUGCAUUACCAAAUAAACGAUGAAUCUGGAGAAAGCAGCUCAACAAUUUCUACAGAAGAUUUAAAAGAAUGUUUGAAAAACAAAUUAGAGUUCUGUUUCUCCCGAGAAAAUUUAUCAAAGGAUCUUUACUUGACAUCUCAAAUGGAUGGUAAUCAGUUCAUUCCAAUAUCGACAGUUGCCAACCUGGAGGAAAUAAAAAAACUGACCACANUUCCAAGUAUUAUCCUGGAGUUGGCUGAAUCUACUCCCAUAGUAAACAUUGAUGAAAAGGGAGAGAAGGUGAGACCAAGUCAUAAGCGUUGUAUUGUAAUUCUCAGAGAAAUUCCUGAAACAACACCAUUAGAGGAGGUAAAAGCUUUGUUUAACAAUGGAAACUGCCCCAAAGUGAUAAGCUGUGAAUUCGCACAAAACAGCACCUGGUAUGUCACUUUCCAGUCAGACACAGAUGCACAACAAGCUUUUCAAUAUUUAAGAGAAGAAGUUAAAACAUUUCAGGGCAAGCCAAUCAUGGCAAGGAUAAAAGCCACUGCUAUAUUUUUUGCUAAGAAUGAUUAUCCAUUAAUAGAUUCUAGUAUGUAUACUCAACCCAUUCAGACGCCAACUCAAUAUCCCUCACCAGUCUUUAUGCAGCCAGUGCAUUACACUCAUCAGCAGUACCCAGGGUACAGUACUGUGCCUCAGUCUUGGUUUACAAGUCCUGCACAUUACUAUGUAACACUGCGGGCUCCUUUUCACACUGGUAGUUUUGUGAAUGGCUUUACCUCACCAGGAUCGUAUGAAACAAAUGAUAUUGCUAUUAAUAUUUGCCCACCAUUCCAAAACAAUCCUUGGAAGCCUCAUUUUAGGUCAUCCUGUGGUUCAGAACACUCAACAGAAGGAUCUGUAUCAUUAGGGGAUGGA